CUUGACUGACGUGAUGUAAGGCGGAAGUCUGACGUAGCUAAGAUUUGUUUUGGAAAACAAAACGAGAAACAGAAGAUAAGAAUGGAGACGAAGGCGGACAGUCCCAAGCUGGUGUUUGAGAAGGAGGGUGUGUACCUCCAUACCAACGCGACCAGAAGCAACCAAGACACCACCCUACCCGGCUUCAUCAGGAUCGUGGAGCGAGGGGGAGAGCCAGCGUUGGAGUGGAGCCCCCUAGAGGAUCAGGGUCGAACUGCUCCGGCCGUCUUCUACACCAAAAAGGAUGGGGAGGGAGGACAGGAGGACACCAACUUCGACCCCGGCUACGAGCCGGACUGGGCCGUGAUCAGCACCGUGAAGAGAGACCGGGAGCCCGUCGGCCCCGUCAGAGAGACAGGUCAGUGGUCCUUCUCCCUUCCCCUGUCGGAGCUCUACUCCCUGCGCAGGGCUCGCUUCUCCCUGGGGCGCAACUUCCUGGUGCUGACCAGCAGGGGGGGCCAUCCGCUGCCCCCGCUGCACUUCCACAGAGGGGGCACCAGGGACCUGCUGAGGGCCCUGCAGCGCUACAUCAUCCUGUCCCCCUCCCCGGUGGACGGGCGGCUCUACCUGGCCUAUCCCCACGACUCCGGGGCCCUGUCUCAGUCCUUCGACGAGCUGCAGCUGUUCGACGACGGCGGCGCCGACCUGGUUUCGAGGUUCAUCCAGGACCCUUAUGCCACCACCUUCGGGGGCUUCUCCAAGGUGACAAACUUCUUCCGGGGAGCCCUCCGGCCUCCCGGGGGUGCCCUCCACCCCCGUGACCCCCAGGACCCUCACGGGCCCCCGUCCGCGGACGACGAGCCGGGCUUUGAGCUCAUCACCUGUGGGGCGGAGCUGGGCCCCAGACCGGAGGUCAGGAGAGGUCCUCCCCUGGAUAAGUGGGAGGAGUUCCUGGACUCUGACGGCCGCGUACAGGACCCACAGAGGAUCAAGGAUCUGGUGUUCAGAGGGGGUAUCCUUCCCUCCCUGAGGAAAGAGGUGUGGAAGUUCCUGUUGGGGUUCUACCCGUGGAACAGCACGGCCCUGGAGCGAGAGGACAUUCUCAGGAAGAAGACGGAUGAAUACUUCAGGAUGAAGGUUCAGUGGAAGUCCGUCAGCGAGGAGCAGGAGAUGAGAAACUCCCUCCUCCGGGGAUACCGCAGUCUGAUAGAGAGAGACGUGAACAGGACGGACAGACAGCACACCUUCUUCUCUGGGAACGACAACCCUGGCCUGGUCCUGCUGCACGACGUGCUGAUGACCUACUGCAUGUUCAACUUUGACCUGGGCUAUGUUCAGGGCAUGAGUGACCUGCUGGCUCCCAUCCUGUUUGUGACCCAGAACGAGGUGGAGUCCUUCUGGUGUCUGACUGGCUUCAUGGAGCUUGUGCACCAGAACUUUGAGGAGUCCCAGGAAGCCAUGAAACAGCAGCUGCUGCAGCUGAGCCUGCUGCUCCGAGCGCUGGACCCGGAGCUCUGCGACUACCUGGACUCUCAGGACAGUGGCUCUCUGUGCUUCUGUUUCCGCUGGUUACUGAUCUGGUUCAAGAGAGAGUUCUCCUUUGAGGACAUCCUGACGCUCUGGGAGGUGAUGUGGACCCGCCUGCCCUGUGAGAACUUCCACCUGCUCAUGGCCUGUUCCAUCCUGGAGUCCCAGCGGGGGGAGCUCAUCGGGUCGGACCACGACUUCAACACUAUCCUGAAGCACAUCAAUGAGCUGAACAUGAGGCUGGACCUCCAGGCAGUGCUGACAGGAUCAGAGGCCAUCUACCUCCAGCUAAGCAGCUGCAAGGAGCUGCCAGGGAAGGUGAAGCAGGUCCUGGGGCUGUAGGGCUGUACGUUCCCUCCAGCUGCCAGGGAAGGUGAAGCAGGUCCUGGGGCUGUACGUUCCCUCCAGCUGCCAGGGAAGGUGAAGCAGGUCCUGGGGCUGUACGUUCCCUCCAGCUGCCAGGGAAGGUGAAGCAGGUCCUGGGGCUGGGGAAGGUGAAGCAGGUCCUGGGGCUGUACGUUCCCUCCAGCUCUGAGGAACCCAGCCCAGACUCUGACCCCACCGAGACACAGCACCUGCUCUGCCAAUCACAGCCAGGAACGUCCGCAGCCAGCCAAUCACGUAGCGGCGGAGCAGCUGCGCGCCCGCCCCCUACCUACCCCUGAACUUGACAGAGUGGAGGAUUGACACUACGAGAUAAAGGAAUGAUGCGAUGUGUUUUAUAUAGGAAUGCAGACGUACUGCAGUAUAUUGAAGGACUUAAUGUGUAAACGGACUAUUCUGUACUGUGCUUUGGACUAUGAAUACUGCAAACUGACAGGGCAGAAAGGAGUCAUUACUGCGUUGGAGAGGAGUCGGUUUGAACUUGUACUGUUAAUGAAUGUAUUUAGCCAAGAUAUCUAAACACCAGUGCGUUGUCUUUAUAUGUGCUGAGGAUAGAGAGAAGAUACUGUAUUCCCUGUUUAGGCUUGUGU